UGUGGAGAGAGAAAGCUUCUGUUGAUACCGAAUCUGUUUGUUGUUAUGCGUCUUGUGGGCUCUAUGGACGUACUGAAACUUCAAACUUUUGGGCUAUGGCCCUCCAAGUUUGUUCUACUUUCCCUUUCUCGUUUCAAUCCGAGCAUUUCUUUUGUUGUUUUUUUCCUAAUAUCUUCAAUGCCUUUCACUCUGAUGUCCUCUGCGCAGUUUGAUUUCUUGGUUGAAAUCUUUUGCCACGUAAAAAGACAAGUCUGUAACAAACAAACUGCAGGCCUUUGGCGCAAAUUUAGCAUCUUUUUUGAGGUUGAUAGCUAAAAUCCAUACAACUUUUUGGGUUACUGUUUUGGUGUCACAUUUCCCACAGGAACUGUUCUAUAAAAAUCGCUUUCAGUUAUUGACUUUCUUGAUGAUCUCUUUCUUAUUAGUCUAACGGUUAGGAGGCAGUUUAUUAACUCUGUAUGGUGGCUUUGUUCAUUGUGGAGCAUUGAAGUGCCAAUUCACACACUUUGAGGGAGACCCUUUUGGGAAAUCAAGAUUCUUGAUUCUUGGAAGUAUGUUUUGAGCAAGAAACUGAAGUUGGAUGAAAAGGGCUUGAUGAAUUUGAUGAUUUGAAGCUGUUGUUUGAGGAGGGGGUGGAUUCUUGUUCUAUUUGAGAUGAGUAUGAUGCAAAAGAGUAGUGUUGUUGUUGCUGUUAAGGCUUCUAAGGAGAUUUCAAGAACUGCUUUAACAUGGGCUUUAACCAAUGUGGUUCAGCCAGGGGACUCUGUUAGGCUGCUGGUGGUCAUACCAAGUCAUAAUUCAGGUAAACACCUGUGGGGUUUUCCGAACUUCCGUAGUGAUUGCACAGCUGGAUACUGGAGAUUCAUGCAGGGAACAAUUUCAGAACAGAAGGACUACAUUACAAAUAUAUGCAACCGGAUGAUGCGCCAUCUGCAAGAUAUUUAUGAUCCGGACAAGGUAAGGGUGAAGAUGAAAGUAGUUUAUGGGUCUAAAGAUGGAGUAGUGGCUUCUGAAGCCCGGAGAGCUCAAACACAGUGGGUCAUACUGGACAAACGAAUGAAAAAGGAAGCAAACUUUUGCAUGGAGCAGCUUGAAUGCAAUGUUAUAGUAGUUAAAAAUUCUGAGCCAAAGGUUCUUCGGUUAAACUUGACAGAACAAAGAAGGACGGAAACUGAGGUGCUUCCAUUUUCAAAAUCAUCAUCGACCAAACGUCUCAAGGAUGACUUUGACCUGUUGCAUGCUAUUAAGGUUCCAAAUGUGACUCCGACAAGCAGCCCGGACAGGAUAUCCUCCAUAUCAAGCUUAGACAUGUUCACCUCUCCAAAAUUCAUGUCUGGAAUUAAUUGGGAACCGAAGGUGAAGCAGAUUUUACCACUGUCAUUGCUAGACUAUGGCUUUGAUGAAUCUGACUCUGAGUCGGACAGUGAUAAUCUAAGCUCCCUUUCAACAAGUAUGUCUUCCCAGCAAUGGAUGGAAGACAAUCUGAGUUCUGCUGAUGAAGGACCCAAACUUUUAAAAGAAGGUUUACUGAGAUCUGUCAGUAAAACGGGGAAUUCUAUGUCCGAAACCUACCAUUUUUCUGAACUUUGUAAAGCACUUGAAGGAGGUUCAAAAGAUACAGGUCCAGAUUCUUGCAAGAAUGUGAGAGAGAUGAUAUCUUUAAACAAGAAGGCGCCCUCGGACCCUCCUCCACUUUGUUCAGUAUGUCAGCACAAAACACCGUGCUUUGGAAAGCCUCCAAAGCUGUUCUCAUACACUGAGCUCGAACAAGCCACAAAUGGAUUUUCAGAGGCUAAUUUUUUGGCUGAGGGUGGAUAUGGUUCUGUACACCGUGGAGUUUUACCCGAUGGUCAGGUUAUAGCUGUGAAGCAACAUAAGUUGGCUAGUUCUCAGGGUGACCGAGAAUUUUGCUCGGAAGUGCAGGCCCUGAGCUGUGCACAGCACCGUAAUGUUGUAAUGCUGAUUGGAUAUUGUGUGGAGGAUAGAAGAAGGUUGCUCGUUUAUGAAUACAUCUGCAAUGGUUCAUUGGAUUCCCAUUUAUAUGGGCGAAAUCUACAUCCACUGGACUGGGCUGCACGCCAAAAGAUUGCAGUUGGAGCUGCCCGAGGGUUGAGAUAUCUCCACGAGGAGUGUAGAGUUGGAUGUGUAGUCCAUCGUGACAUGCGGCCAAACAACAUUCUCCUUACUCAUGAUUUUGAGCCAUUAGUUGGAGACUUUGGACUAGCAAGGUUGCAGGCGGAUGGAAAUUCAAGUGUAGAGACUAGGAUAAUUGGGACAUUUGGAUACUUAGCUCCAGAAUAUGCGCAAACUGGCCAAAUCAGUGAAAAAGCUGAUGUAUACUCUUUCGGCGUGGUAUUGGUGGAGCUAGUAACCGGUAGGAAAGCCGUGGAUAUAUACCGGCCCAAGGGCGAGCAAUGCCUCACAGAAUGGGCACGCCCAUUGCUCAAAGAGAAUGCCCUUUCCAAGCUCGUUGAUCCAUCCUUAAUGAAUUGCUACUCAGAGAAAGAGGUUGAGACGGUGCUACAUUGUGCUUCAUUAUGCCUGCAACGAGACCCUGACUCAAGACCUCGAAUGUCUCAGGUACUUAGGAUGUUGGAAGGUGACACUCUCAUUAUGAGAUCAAAAUCUUGAAAUUUGGGUUAUGGGGUUGGAUGAUAGCUCAAGGGGAGAAGAAAUGGUGAGAUGUUCUUGAAUGGAAUUUGGUGUAUAGCCUACAUUACAGAUUAUAGAAGUAGGAGAUUGUUUUGAUUCAUGAUGUUUUUCAUUUAUUGUCAUGACAAAAGGAAU